ACCGAUAGAAACCAUGUGAGUGUGCUUUAAUCUGACAUUCCAAAGUCUUAUUGCAAAAAGUUAGGACGUAUAGUUACCAACAGUUUAUUUUUGUGAUUAAAGCAGUGUUUUAACAAAUUUUGGACUAAAAAUGACGCUACCAGAUCACGAAGAAAUCAGCAUGCCUGAGAAAAAAAUUGAGAAGUCUGCAGGCCAAUGCCUGUGUAAGGUCCUAGUGAGAGCGAGGGACGACGGAAGGCUUGUUUGUGGUGUGUUCGAUAGUGCCAGCCGUCUCACCACGCGACCGGAAGAGGUUAUGGUGUGCGUGCUACCGGAAACGGCGCCUGCGGACAUCACAACGUCCAUGCAACACAAGCUCAUUGAGGCGUACUGCCUUGAAAACGACAUACAAGUCAUCAAGAUCAAAAACAGCGAGAAGAUGGGAAUCCUGUUGAACAAGGAUGCCCAGUUAAAGAGCGAGAUGGACAACCCUGUGACCACGCCCACUCUUGACACUUCCUGUGUGUUGGUCGAGUGGCCGCCCAAGCCUCACAUCAAUAAGCACGAGCAUCGAUUGCUGGAUUUCAUCUGGUCUAAACAAGUCACGCAGUUAGACCUGCCUAUUUGAAGAGAGUUUACAGAAGGUCAUUCACCAUUAGUAGGAAAAUACCAAUAAAAAGGUUAAAAUCCGAAACAUGAAGAAAAAAAGAGGUUCAGAACCCGUUGAGUGUAUAUAACCCUGCAGCCAAUGCCGCGAAACUCGGUCAUCCGUAUCAAAUGGACGACCGGCGAAACUCAGUCAUCCGUAUCAUUUGGACGACCACCAAAAAAAAUGCACGUGGAACGGAAAAAGGACCAUCAAGAAUGGAAUAUGGAACAUUUGUUUGGAAAGAAGAAACUGGUGUUAUGGAUUAUCAUGACACUAGAAUCAUAAUCUAGGACGAAGCUAUCCCCUUUGGGAACACACAUUGUGUAACUAAAACUGUGUUACGUUCCUUGAUUGUGCCUAUAAAUAACUUUGUCCAAUGACGAUAUGGAGCAUUCUAGAAGAACUAAUCAGAUUGAUCGAUUACAAUGUUCUUUGCUUAAAGCAUAAUUAUGAUAUUGUUUAUCCGCAUCAGUUUAAAUAAAAGCUGUUGCAUAAACGUGGGGUGUUUCAGGAAGUUCCUUAUUUCGAUGAACUGAUUAUGAUGCUAUUGGAUGUAUAACUUGCUCUAAACCUUUACUUUAAUUGAGACUUUGCAGCUGCUCUGUUUAGUGCACUGUUGUUUUAAUUGUUGAGGGUCAUUAAAGGGGAUCAUACAUUAGGGGUCAUUGGUCAUUGUACAUUGUCAUUUUGUAUAAAAUUGACAUUUUGUUCAUAGAGGACAUUGUAAAGAGGAGGGAGGAGAGAAAAAAUAGUAUAACCAGCAUAUAACCUUCCCUGCGUUCACUAAGGGUGUUUGUAGCUAAUACGUUUGUGAAUUGGUUCCCUGCUCGCAGUAAAUGGCUGUGAUGCAGCAGGGAUACACAAUAUUAAGUGUGAGCUAACGUAAGCUACUGUUAGCCAUAACUGAAUCCCAGGGCUGGGGUCAUAUGCAAGAAGUAUUUUAAGUUGUUCAUGUAUAUGUUAACGCCAAUUUGGUUAUUAUUUUUGAAUGUAUAUGAGAUGUACUUUUAUCAGUUAUUAAGAUGUACUUAUAUCAGUUAUAAAACACUGCUUUUUCUUGGCUGUUGUUUGUGUAUUAUAAUUCAUUAUUUAGGUGUGUUUAACGACAUUGUUUAAAUCCUGUUAUAGGCAAAAAACUCUCUUGUUUACAAAUCAUUAUGCGAACUAUAUCCAAGAAAACAACAUGGUUUAAGUUUCUGGUAUUUUCCAGAUGUGGUUUGAAAAAAACAGUUAUAUUUUUAAAAUGAAGUAUGAAUCAGUUGUCUUUAUAAUGAAUUCAAAUUAGCAUUGUGAUUUAUUAUUCUAUUUUUCAGUUAUGAAGAUAAACACUUGCUGUUAAUUAUUUUUAAGGUUAUGGUUAUAUCAAAUGGGCGUAUAAUGUGAAAAUUUGGUGUUUGUAAAUAAAUAUAUAUGAAAAA